AUGCAUCUCAGCACCACCGUCCUCACGUUCCUCGCCAUCGGCGCCAACUUCUCUCUCGCCUCUCCAGCCCGCGGCGUGGAGAAGCACCUCACCAAACGCGAUACCUGCACCCUCGUCGGAUGGGUGGACGUCCAAGGCGACUUUUCCAACGGCCGAGCGCCUGACCCCGGCGAUGUGACGAGUGGAUUCGACCUGUACUAUGUCGGCGGUGUGCAGAUUGGGUCUUCGUCCUUCGAGAACGGUGGCUCGAGCCCCAUCGGCAUUGACGGGGUGACAAUUCCGCAAGAAGAAAUCGGAAGUGGCGAGUCUAUUAUGUGGUGGGCAAACUACUUUGUCGGCUUUCAGAGCUGCCGUAUCUCCUAUGAAGGUAUCGAGUACGAAGGAUACAUGAAUGGCGCGAUCAAUCCGUGUGCGGGGAGAGGCGACGCCGGAGAGGACUGCUCGUACUGCUCGGCCGACUUUGGCUGCGAGAGCAAUCUCUGA